AACAAUCGCCGAUCGUCUAAUUUACAGUAUUCCAGACUCCAGUAUCCACUAUCCAGUAGUCAACACUUUGAACGGUGAUAUUAUACUCUAGUAGUAGUAGUAGUAGUAGUAGCAGUAGUAGUACUAGUACUAGUAUUGUAGCCGUGACUCUAUCAUGGAAUGUCGUUCGACGAUACCGCGGAUUUGGCAUUCGGAUUGCGAUUACAACUGAUGAUUACAACAGCGGACCACGAUUACCGUGCGCGAUUCAAAUCGGAUUAGUUGGCAAAAAUGGAUUACCAGCGGAAAACACGUCAACGAAAAUCCGUCGCAUGACGUCGUACGCCCGAGCCGCGGCCAUAGCGUGCGAUUAACCGGCGCCCGCGACAUCACCGGUAGUGUAGUAUGGCCCGUGUCGCCGAUCGCGCAACCGUCGCCUGACCGACCGACACAGCCGUCAGCCGCGUUUCAUCGCAUCGUCCGCAAAAAUGUUGGCCGGCGGCUACGACAUGGCGUGGCCUCUGAUCGUCCUGCUCCUGUGCGCCAGCGCCCCGCCGUCCGAGUGCCUGGAUAAGGAGGACGUGAUUUUCGCCGUCAACGCCGGUGGCGACGCACACGUCGACAGCUACGGCAUUCUGUACCAGAGGGACUUCAACCGGAUCGGCACAGAGUCGGACUAUGGCAAGAAGCUGUCCAUACAGCGGGUCAAGCCGCACGACCAGAUCUUGUACCAGACCGAGAGGUAUUCGCAAACCACAUUCGGCUACGACAUACCUAUCAUGCAGGACGGUGACUACGUGAUGGUGCUCAAGUUCAGUGAGGUGUACUUCACCAAUAGUGGCUUAAAGGUGUUUGACGUCGUGUUGAACGAACAACACUUGGUGGUACCGCAGUUGGAUAUCUACGACAAAGUCGGAUUUGGUUCCGCUCAUGACGAGUAUAUUGAAUUCACAGUUGAUGGCCCAACGUUAUAUUGGAGAGGAGAGAUAUCUAUAAUCAAAGGAAAUCUCGUUCGAGUGGAUUUUUUAAAAGGUGAAAGAGAUAACCCUAAAGUAAAUGCAGUACUUGUAGCCAAAGGCAGAAUUUCAGAUAUACCUAAACUACCAGAUUUAUACUCUGAUAUUGAACCACAACCACAUGAUGAGGUAGAUGUGGAAGAAGAUGGAUCUGUUAGUGACAAGGAUCCUAUAAAAAUGGUACAACACACUAGAAAUCCGAGUGGUCCUAGAGCGCCUGAUCCACAAGAUGUAAAUUCCAUGAAAUUAAUGCCAAUAUUUGGAGCACUGAUUGCUUUUUUUGGAGCACUUCUUCUGCUUUGCAGACUGUGAAGAAUUAUUUAAUAAAUAUAUAUUUUUACUACUC